UCAUCAGUGUCACUUCUGACGUUCAGCUGUGUUGAUGUGCAAAGGCGAAGUGGUUUUGGUGGUGUAACAGAUAAAAUUACGUUCAUAUAACAGUGAAGGAUUACCUAAGUUUUGAUGCAAAUGCCUUGUGUUUAUAUUGUAACUUAAACAUUUGAUACAAUGGCUCCCAACUUCAGUAAGUUUACUUCAAGGACAGAUGUAAAAAUUGGUCUGGCUGCCUCAGCAGCUCUAGGCGCAUGGAUUAUAAGGAAUUCUUUAAAAGCAAGCGAAAACAAAAAUAUUAAACGAGCAACCAGGCUCUCUCCAGAAGAGCAGAUUCAGUACAUGAUAAAAGAGAAGAACAAAAAGGGUCCCAAAGCUCAAAUUGAUGCUAGAUUCUUUGCUGAGUUGAAGAAACUAUGGCGAAUUAUGUUCCCUGGACUGUGGUCAAAGGAGAGUGGUCUUAUGGUGUUGAUCGCUUUCUCACUGAUAUCAAGGUCAAUGUGUGACCUUUGGCUUAUACAGCACACCACAUUGAUUGAGGGAUCAAUUAUCACAAUGGACCUGCCAGAAUUUAAGAAACUCCUCACUCAAUUCUUCAUUGCCAUGCCAAUGAUUUCAUUAGUAAACAACGUUCUGAAAUGGAGCAUAGGGGAAGUGAAACUGCGAAUACGGACAAAUCUGACGCUGCACUUAUAUCAAAAUUACCUCAAAGGUUUCACUUACUACCAAGUGACGAACCUGGACAACCGGAUAUCCAACGCUGACCAAGUGCUGACAACUGACAUUGACAAGUUCUGCGAGACCGUCAUCGACCUGUACAGCAAUAUCAGCAAACCGAUCCUGGACAUCAGCAUAUAUUUGUACAGGCUGACCACCAAUCUGGGACCCUCUACACCCGGAAUCAUGGUGGCGUACCUACUGGUAUCAGGAGUAUUCCUAACCUUCCUCAGAAAACCCACAGCCAAAAUGACUGUUUUGGAGCAGAAACUGGAGGGCGAAUUCAGAUACGUAAACGCAAGGCUCAUAACGAAUUCAGAAGAGAUCGCAUUCUAUCAGGGCAACCACAGGGAGCAGUUGACUCUCCUCGCCAGUUUCUACAAGCUGACGCGGCAUCUACGCAACUUCCUAAACUUCAGAGUCGCCAUGGGUUUCAUCGACAACAUCAUAGCUAAAUAUGUCGCGAUCACAGUCGGUUUCUACGCCGUAUCGCGGCCGUUCUUCGCCAAAAACCACAAUCUGCUCACAACUGGAACUGAAAAUGAUAGGUUUAAGCACUACUACACAUACGGAAGAAUGAUGGUCAAAAUGGCGGAAGGCAUCGGUCGUCUCGUUCUAUCCGGUCGCGAGAUGAACAAAUUGGCUGGGCUCACGGCGCGAGUCACGCAACUACGGACUGUGUUGGACGAAGUGUACCAAGGGAACUACAAGAGGACCAUGCUUGAUAGGAACUCGCAGAAUGGCACCACUACGUCUGACACGCCGAUGCUGAUGGCGCCGGGCGCGGGCCGCAUCAUCUACCAGGACAAGAUCAUCCGCUUUGAGCGCGUGCCGCUCGUCACGCCUAACGGAGACGUGCUCAUCAAGGAGCUCUCCUUUGAAGUCAAAUCAGGCAUGAACGUGCUCGUCUGUGGACCGAACGGUUGCGGCAAAUCGUCCAUGUUCCGAAUGCUGGGAGAGCUGUGGCCCAUCUUCGGCGGGACCCUCACCAAGCCGCCUAAGGGCAAGCUGUUCUAUGUGCCGCAACGGCCGUAUAUGACUCUUGGCACGCUUAGAGAUCAGGUGAUCUACCCCCAAACCCGCGAGGAGAUGGUCCGGCGCGGGCGCACCGACGCUCAGCUCACAAAGUUCUUGGAACUGGUGCAACUGGCGUAUCUUAGUGCUCGAGACGGCGGCUGGGACGCUGUGGAAGACUGGAUGGACGUGCUUUCUGGAGGAGAGAAACAGAGGAUAGCUAUGGCUCGCCUAUUCUACCACGAGCCGCAGUUUGCGAUCCUGGACGAAUGCACCAGUGCCGUCUCGGUCGACGUGGAAGGCCAAAUGUACCAGUACUGCAGAGAGAUGGGCAUAACCCUCUUCACCGUAUCGCACCGCAAGUCGUUAUGGAAGCACCACGACCACUACCUCCAAAUGGACGGCCGAGGCGGCUACGUCUUCGAGGCCAUAGACAACGAAACGCAGGAGUUCGGUUCGUGAUCGAAUCGGCGUCGGCUCGGAGUCGUGGCGACGUCGAUUCGAAAGCGAACCCGGGUCGGAACGAAAUCGAAGCGCGUGAAUAUGCGAUGCACGCGUUGUGUUUUUUAAUGCAUUUUAAAUCAAUGUAUCUGUUACAAAAUGUCUUAUAUUUAUGUGUAUAUUGAAUUCAAUAUAAUGAAAUAUAAUUUUUAUUUCGUUACUUUAUUAUCUUUUUAGAUUGUGAUUCGAAUCACAUAAUACAUAGUUAACCUUUAACUAAGGUCACAAUUUCACAAAUAUGUAUUGAUCGAUCAAUCGAUCGAAAUUAUUAAAAUCUUCUCCUAGUGCGAGUAGUUAGCCAACUUUUAACGAUUUACUAUCCAUAUUUUAUUCAGUAAUUACUAAGUAAUAAAUAGUAAAUAAUGGACAUGUUUUCUUCUAUAGAACUAUCAAUUUCAAAUUUCGUAAUAAUAAUGUAUAUUUAAUUUAUUUUUAUAGUUAUUAUAACAUCACACGUAAUUAUAAUCCCAACUAU